CUUAAAGCGAUAGUACAUAGGAAAGGUUUGACCGUUGCAUUUUAGCUAGCAGCUCUUGGAGGGUAGGGGAUCCCUUAUCUUCAUUACUCUACGGCUUUCGUAGCCCCCAAAAUAAAUUCUCUACGUGAUCAAAAGGAUUUGUUGAGACCAUGUCAUCGGGAAUUAACAAUAACUCACCUGGGAAGUGGGAGGUAGUUAAGAAAAAUAAGAAGCCCGGUGGUGGACCUGGGAAAAGUAGCAAGUCGGGACCUUCGCCUGCAGCAGGAGGUAGUCGGAAGGCGCUAAGUGAAUCCAAUAUGCCUAAGGUGGAAACGGCUCCUCCUAUAAAAACAUCGGAGACCAUUUACGAGCUUGCAUUUGAUAAACAGUCUAAGAAGCAAAACAAAGAACAGGUUCCUCCAUCGUAUGCCUUGUCUGAACAGCAACAACAGAAAAAGUCAAGCUCUGGAAGACAAGCAAAGAAAUCUUCCACUGGGGAGCAGAACCAAAAGAGUGGCAAAUUCCAAAGCCUGGAGGAAGCCAUUGAAGCUCUUGAUUUGACAGAACUUGAGCAGCAAAUAGAGAAGAGUCAGACUGCAUUUCCUGAGAACCCUACUGUCUGGGUGAAGGACUUGGCUGGGUACCUGAAUUAUAAACUACAAGCCCCAGAAACUGACCCAACACAGAGCCAGCACACCUAUGAUUAUCCUUUCUGUCUGGCAAGUAAAGAGCUGAAGAAUAUUAUUAAGUGUGUUUGGGGGAGAUCUGAUGAUGUCCUUGAGCACUUUUUUGAUCACUGCAUCUACACUAUGCUACGAGAGCUGGAUAAGCCUGCAGGGGAUGCUUUGCAUGGCUACAGGAUUUGUAUACAGGCCAUCCUGAUGGACAAACCUAGAAUUGCAACACUUCACCUUAAAAAAUACUUGGAACUAUUGCGGUCCCAUCAAAACAGACCAGCAAAAUGCCUCACGAUCAUGUGGGCUCUUGGACAGGCUGGAUUCUCUGACCUUGCUGAAGGGCUAAAAGUGUGGCUUGGAAUUAUGUUGCCAGUGCUUGGCAUUAAGUCCCUUUCUUCAUAUGCAGUUGCUUAUCUGGACAGGCUUCUCAUUUUGCAGGACCAGCUAAGACAUCUUUACCCGAGGCUCAAGGUUCUAGCAUAUGGAGCAAAACCAGAGUCUACCCUGCACAGUUAUUUCCCAUCUUUCCUGUCAAGAGCUACUCCAAGUUGUCCAGCUGAUAUGAAGAAAGAGCUUCUGAGAAGUUUAAAUGAAUGCCUUACUAUGGACCCUCUAAGUUUCAGUGUUUGGCGGCAGCUCUACACUAAACAUCUUUCUCAGUCAAGUCUCUUGUUGAACCAUCUAUCAGAAUCAUUUGAUGGCACAUCAAAAAAGAUGCGAGCAUCCCUGCAAGAAACAAUACAUUCAUUCAGGGUCACCAACGAAGAACUGCUAGCAAAAGGACAGAGCAAUUCCCAGGAUAUAGCAGCAUGCAACAAGGCUUGUAAUAACUUAUUGCAAAAGACAAAAGGAAAAGGAUUUCCGUGGUCACGCCUGCUGGUCGUAUGUUUUGUAUUUGUAUUGGGCUUUGUAGUACAUGACAUCAGAACUCAUGGAUCAUUUAAUGCCUCUUCCUCUGCCCAUGUCCUGCAGCAGUCAGGUAUUAUGUCCAUCUCACAGCAGGCCUGGAGCAAGGUUUCUCAUUACUCUUUAGAGGGAUACAGUUGGUUGGAAGCCAAUGCACCUCAUUACUAUUCUCAAGCUGCAGUUACUUUAGGACCAAGCCUGGAGCUAGCCUGGAACAAAACAACAGAAGUUGCUACAUACACUGCAGAGAUGUGCUCAACUCGUAUUGCAUGGCUUAGACAAAACCUGCCCAGAUUUAUUGAGUGGCUCCUUGCCAGCCUUCCUGAUGCAGUUUUUCAGUGUUUGGAGUACAUAAAACACCUGCUUCUGUUUGUUCUUCAGAAAUGCCUUUUGCCUGCAAUAGAAUAUGUCCAAACAACUGUUGAACAGAGAUGGAAAAUGUUUAUGGAAUCCUGCAAGGAAGAAGAUUUGUGGCUGUGCUUCAAAGAACAUUUGCUGAACUUUACAAAUUUUACAUGGACACAUCUGCAGAGUACAUCUGCAGCAGUCAAGAACUGGACUUUGUCUAUGAUUUCCAAACUCUAGGUACUCUGCUACUUAACACCAAGGACCGUGUGACUCUUAAAAUUCUAUGACCAAGAAUGAUGCCAACAGUGCAUUAGCAGUGGAAGCAAGCUGGUUAGAGCAUGAAGGAAAGCUAACAGAAAUGGAAGAUUUAAAUGUACUGAUCUUUUCAAUGAUGAAAACUAACUUUCUGCCAUGUGAAUCUAAGGGAACACAUCAUCUGCUGAACUACUGACUUCAGUGUUUUGUUUUUACUGUUGGUAUGAAAUGAUGGUGGUGUAUGUAAUUAACAUUGCCAAUAUAGGCCUGGUCUUAUGGACCAUGAUUACAUGUUUAUUUAAUGGUUGUUGAAACUUAAUGGGAUUUUCUGUCAGUUUGCACUGUUUUCAAAUGAAUGUUCAUCAGCUAAAAAUA